AUGGCUACUGCUUCAGCCUUCUCCUACGCACAGGCCGCAAAGGGCCAAAACUCCAAUCCCGAAUCCCCUCAGUCUACCUCCCAGGCCACCGAUUCGCUUUCCACGAUUCCCGCUUCCGCUACUACUACGCUAGAUGACGCCUCGGUCGCCGGCUCCGGCAAUCAGGACACCUCCGGCGCCCCUGCCGACAAGCACGACGCCGCCAGCACCAUCGGCUCCGAGAGCGAUAUCCGCUCCGAGUCCGUCCUUUCCAGACGCACAGAUGGCCGCAAGGAGGAGGAAUUGAGCAGAUUAGAGCGCCCCUGGCGUAGAGCUGACAGGGAGCCCUCGACUCGAUCCACUGACGAUGCCGACUCGAAACGCCGCAAGGGCAAGAAGAAGGGUGAUAAGCCCGCCGAGGAGGAACAGCCCAAAAUUGAGCUCACCGAGGCUCCCGUUCCCUCCGUGAACAUCUGGCAGCAGCGCAAAGAGGCCGCCGCCGCCAAGGUUAUCAAGCCUGAUGAUGCCAGCAGCACCGCUGCCUCCGAGGACGUGAAGCCUCUCCCCAAGGCCACCGACUUUGCCGGUGCCGUCAACGGACACAAGAGCACCCGCAAGGCCGAUGCUCCCCGCCCAGAGCGAGCCAGCCGUGGUGCCAGGGUCGCUGACAGAGAGGCCAGAGAUGGCAAGGGCGAGCUCCCGCCCUCUGUUGACGAUGCCAUGCUGUGGCCUACCCCCGAGACCGCUGUCCAAGAAGACAAGGACAGCAAGAAGAAGAGUGACACCAAGCCUGAGUCCAAGGAGACUCAGGACGAUGCUGGCAAGCCCCGCUCCAAGGAGAAGUGGGUUACUUACGACUAUGUUCCCACCGUCAACUUUGAGACGCAAUUACCACAGAUCCGCAACACCAAGCCUCGUGGUGGUGCCCGCAAUGUGAACGGCGGUCGCCCCAGUAUCCCUGGCCAGACUGGCGACAAAGCGGCCGCCGCCGCCCCUGCCGCCAAGACCAACGACCGAAGACAGAGCACAGCAAACGGUGCCCCUCGCACCGGCUCUCAACCGCCGAAUAAGAGAGCGUCCGUCGAUGUUGCCACGCUCCGUGACCAACGCAAGGUUUCUGGCAGUACCACCAGCGAAAAAGCCAAGGAUGCUACUCCUGCCCCCGUUGAGCAGAUGCAACCACCACGCGAUCGUGCCGAAGGCCGUACCGACAGAGGGCGCGGCGGGUAUCGAGGACGUGGUGGCCACCACACCAGCACGCACCCUCAACAUCAGCAUACCUCUUCCUUCAACGGCAACGGCCCUGUCAGCGGCCGCCCUCAAGGGCCCUACAGCCCACCUCCCCGCGGCGGUCACGGGCAGAUGUUCAUGCCCCCCUCGCAAAGAGGGCGUGGCCGCAGCAAUGCCGCCAACUUUCACCGCAUGUCACUGCCCAACGGCCGUAUCCCUGCUGUCCAGACUCAGUUUGCGUCGUAUGAAUACCCCAUGGCCCCUAUGAGCGCCAUGCCGUUUCAGCCUCAGCCAUACUGGGACAACAUGGCGGUUCCCGUUCUCAAGAACCAGAUUGAGUACUAUUUCUCCAUUGAAAACCUGUGCAAGGAUAUGUACCUCCGCCAAAGGAUGGACUCGCAGGGCUUCGUUCCCCUGCAUUUCAUCGCGGCCUUCAAGCGCGUUCGCGAGUUGUCGGCCGACAUUGGCAUGCUCCGCGCCGUUUGCGAGAUGUCUAUGGAUAUCGAUUUGGCUGUUGGCGAGGAUGAUGUUGAGCGUGUGCGCAGAAGGGAGGGCUGGGAGAGCUUUAUCCUGCCUCUUGAGGACCGUGACGACCUGGCAAGAAACAGCGGCCCUGCGCAGCUUUCUUUCAAGAACCGUGUCCCAUACGCCAUGCAGCCUCAGUUCAACGGUAUGCAAAUGCCUUAUGGCAUGCCCUCUCCUCCCGCGUUUGUCCCCCAGGACUUCCAGCAGUUUGAUCACCACGCCGUAAAUGGCGUCAACGGUAUCAACGGACACAACCACAAGGGCUCGCAGCUCUCUGCCGCCGUCCCAGACUUUGCACCGUCAGGGGCCGUUCAGAACCCCGCGCCCAUGGCCAACGGCACCGUCAAUGGCACCCACGAGAAGCAGAACGGUGUCCACGCUGAGGCGUAA